AUGGCUGGUUUCCUACGACCUUCCGAUUUGGAACGCGUGGAUUUAGACGCGACUAUGGUUUCCUCCGACAAGGUUCUCUUUCUAAAUAUCAUAGCCCCCAAGGAGAAACGUCAUGGUCAGCGUGUGACGAAAGUCAUCACAAUUCAUCCACACACGGACCCUUUCCUAUGUCCCGUGGCUGUUUUCGAGGAAUACAAACAGCGAAUCGCCUCGUCAGACUGUCGCACUGCUCACCCUUUGUUCCUAACAAUAAAAUUGAAUAGGCUCCUCCGCUCCCUACAGAACCACAACACACCCAUCGCUGUCAAACGUAUCUCAAAGUACAUCAAGCAGAUAAUGACCAAGGUUGGUAGACCCGCUCAAGCUCCUGUACCUAAGGCUCGUGGACUUGCUGCCACUCUUGCGGUACAAGCGGGCGUCUCCGUUGACAACAUUAUCGCCCAUGGCUCCUGGUCUUCCCGCGAUAUCUUUGAACACUAUUAUCGCCUGUCCUCAGCUACUUCUACAAAUUUUAGUGUAUCUACUCUGGAUCAACAACCAAGAUCACGUCUUACGAAGUGUAAUGUUAUGUAA